GGAAGAGCUAGGCCUAGAGUAGGAGUUUGCGGAGGCGGGGGAGGGAGGACAGGUGCUGAAAGUUUGGAAAGGAACGUCGGGGCAAAAGCGCUGAGGCGCAGACGAGUGGCAGUGUGUCAGGAGCGGGCUGAUGACUCGGGAGAGAGGCUCUGGGAGGGGUCGAGUAGGGGCUACACCGUGAUUCAUGCACAACCCUCUGAGGUCGGGAAUGAUUUUCUUCUGGCUCUACAAACGUGGAAACUCAGGCGCCAAGUGGUUGUCACUAGCCCGGGUCAGCCAGCUGAGCGGGUUUCAAAUCAGAGGAGGGGGCAGUAGGCGCCCGAGUGGAGGGAGGCCCCAUCCACUUCUUCCUCCCUCCCCCAUUGCACAGGGCGGGGGAGACUGAGGCCCGAGGUAGUUAGUCCUAGGCUUUCAGGGCCUCGAUUGGGGCCUGGCUGUUAAUACACCCUUCCAGCUCGGGCUGGACGUGCAUCGAGUCACGUCUGCAAGUGGCGGCCGGUUGACGAUUAAACCGACGGCAGAAUGCUCUUGCUGGGUGACCUCAGGCCCGAGUCCUCCAGACCUCAGUUCUUCCUCUUGACCCCCGGAGUCUGAGGGAUACUUGCUUUGUCCCGCAGUGCUUCAGCCUCACCCCAGGGUCCAUUAGGGUAGAGGGCAGCGGGUCGCGAGCCGGGGCUUUUGUUAUUUUGCUCCACGCGUAGGCGGGGCCACGCCUCUCGCCGCGCCAUUGGCGUAUUCCUCUCCGGGGGCGGGACCUGCGUCUCGCCCCGCCCCUCCCUGCCGUAUAAAUGCGGCGCCGGCGCAGGCAGUGAGGAGUUUCUGGCCUGAUUAGCUAGUGCGCCUGCGCGCGCCUGGUGGGUUCGCGUUCUCAGGCUGCAGAGUCCGCACCUCGCGCCUACACGUCGCGGGUUCGAAGCCAGGGACCGCGCGCCGAGAGUUCGUAUCCCAGCCGCGAUGCUGUUCGACAAGGUGAAGGUGUUCGUGGUGCAACUGGAUGGUGCGAACGCGGGCGCCGAGCCCGUGUUCAGCGGCGGCCAGGCGGUGGCCGGUCGGGUGCUGCUGGAGCUGGCGGGCCCGGCGCGCGUGGGCGCCCUGAAGCUGCGCGCGCGGGGUCGCGCCCACGUACACUGGACCGAGUCGCGCAGCGCGGGCUCGAGCACCGCGUACACGCAGAGCUACAGCGAGCGCGUGGAGGUUGUGAGCCACCGUGCCACACUACUCGCGCCAGACACCGGAGAGAUCACAACGCUGCCUCCUGGACGCCAUGAGUUCCCAUUCAGCUUCCAGCUGCCACCGACGCUAGUGACUUCAUUUGAAGGCAAACAUGGCAGUGUCCGAUACUGCAUCAAAGCCACCCUGCACCGGCCCUGGGUCCCUGCCCGCCGGGCAAGGAAGGUGUUUACUGUUAUCGAGCCUGUGGACAUCAACACACCGGCUCUGCUGGCCCCUCAAGCGGGAGCUCGGGAGAAGAUCGCCCGAUCCUGGUACAGUAACCGUGGCCUUGUCUCCCUCUCAGCCAAGAUCGACCGCAAGGGCUAUACACCAGGUGAGGUGAUCCCCGUCUUUGCCGAGAUUGACAACGGCUCCACGCGCCCAGUGCUGCCACGGGCGGCCGUGGUCCAGACACAGACCUUCAUGGCGCGAGGUGCCCGCAAACAGAAACGAGCAGUGGUGGCUAGUCUCUCAGGGGAGCCUGUGGGCCCCGGGCGGCGGGCACUGUGGCAGGGCCGGGCGCUGCGGAUCCCUCCUGUGGGUCCUUCUAUUCUGCACUGCCGCGUGCUACAUGUGGACUACACCCUCAAGGUCUGCGUGGAUAUCCCGGGCUCAUCCAAGCUGCUCUUGGAGCUGCCCCUGGUCAUCGGCACCAUUCCUCUACAUCCUUUCGGCAGCCGCUCGUCCAGCGUGGGCAGCCAUGCCAGCUUCCUGCUGGACUGGGGACUGGGGGUCCUGCCAGAGCGACCUGAAGCACCUCCCGAGUACUCAGAUGUGGUGGCCGAUGAGGAGGUGGCGGCCUUGGAGCAGAGCCCCUUCCGACUACUGCAGGACCCUGACGUGGGUGCUGAAGGCCCCUUCUUUGCCUACAUCCAGGAGUUCCGCUACCGCCCGCCACCCCUGUACUCCGAGGAGGAUCCAAACCCACCUUCAGAGGCCAUGAGGCCCCGCUGCAUGACCUGCUGAGUGGCAAGUGGAAACUUCAAGGGAUGAGGUUGUACACGUGCUUCCAGCCAGCGUGGACAUGAGUGAGGAUGGCUGGGUCAAGAGCAGACCAGCCUGACUGCACUGAAGUUGGGGAAACCGAGUCUCAGAAUGGGGCAGGGCCAUUCCAGCAUCACACAGAGCAGAGGAAGAGCCAGUCUGGAGUCUGACAUAUCUGGACUGGUUCUCAUAAGGUAUCAAAUGCCCACCAUAAGAUCCGAGAGACUGUUCAACCUGUCUUUGCCAGCCUGUGGUCCCCCAGAAGCCUCCAGUCUGGGAGAGACAGAGCCAGACAUAAACACUUCCAGGCCCACAGGACCAGAGGAAGGGACCAAGAGCUGGGAGAGUCCAAAGGGAGCAGGAAGGCUUCCUGGAGGAAAGGGCAUUUUAGCUGAGGCUUUGGUGCAUGAAUGAGAGCUCAGAGGGCAGGCAAGCAAGGGGAAGGAAAAGUCUAAGAAGGUCAGAGCCGAGUGAUGUGUGGAGACUGCCCCCUUCAUCUUAGAACUGGGGCUCAGAGAGCAAGUGCCUCAGUCGAGGCCACACUGCAAGGUCCGGCAGGCGAGAGGACCCAGGAAUGAGGCAUUCAGGGAAGCAGGUCAUCAGAGCUGUGUGGGGCAACAGGGCAACAAGGGCAGCGACUCCAGCCUUUGAAACCUUUGAAAGCCAGAGAUUCCUGGCCCAGGCUAGGCUUCCUGGGGGUCCCCUCCACACACUCCAGGACGUGAGAGCUGUCUGGGUAUUGUAUGGCCCGAGAAACCCAGGUUCAGAGUGAGACAGACAAGACAAGUUCCAUCACUUGCAAAAUGAAGAUGUGGGGCCCCUUGUUGAAGAAUUCAGAAUUUCAAGACGGGGACAGCAGAGCAUUAAACCAGGCUGCGGGGACAGAGGUCAGCCUGGGGUGACACAGCAGGGCCAGUGUGCUUCUUCUGGGCACCCCCUGUGUCCUGGAGGGACAAAACAUAAUGGGGCAGCUGGACAAGCCCCCAAGUGCAGAGUCCCAGCCCAGGCUGAGGCAGGACCCUUGCCUGGGACUCCACAUUUCCGUUAAGCCUUAAAUUGUUCUCUUUUGUACAAUUAUUUUUUAAAAAUAAAAGCACGGAGGAAGAGA